UCGAGGAGUACAGGGGAUUGUCGUCGGUAACCGGAUACCACCUCUGUCUUGUGGGGCGUAGAGACACGGGGGCGACGCAGUAUCGAGGCGGCGAGCCCGCAGUUCCGUGUGGAGAUGCUGAACAUGUGGAAAGUCAGAGAGCUGGUGGACAAAGCCACCAACGUGGUGAUGAACUACUCAGAGAUCGAGUCCAAGGUGAGAGAGGCCACCAAUGAUGAUCCCUGGGGACCCUCUGGACAACUAAUGGGAGAAAUAGCCAAAUCUACCUUUAUGUAUGAGCAGUUCCCAGAGGUGAUGAACAUGCUGUGGACCAGGAUGCUGAAAGACAACAAGAAGAACUGGAGACGAGUCUACAAGGCUUUACUACUGCUGGCCUAUCUGAUCAGGAAUGGGUCUGAAAGAGUCGUCACCAGUGCCAGAGAACACAUCUACGACCUGCGAUCUCUUGAAAACUACCACUUCAUUGAUGAGAAUGGUAAGGAUCAGGGAAUCAAUGUUCGUCAGAAGGUGAAGGAGAUGGUGGAAUUCGUUCAGGACGAUGACAGACUGAGAGAGGAGAGGAAGAAAGCCAAGAAGAACAAAGAUAAAUACAUUGGAGUUUCCUCUGACAGUAUGGGAGGAGGAGGAGGAGGAGGAGGAGGAGGAGGAAGCAUGAAGAGCUCCAAUGAGUUGGAUCGGAGUAAGUGGGAUGAGGACUGGGAUAAGAGCAGAGGAGCUUUCCCCUUUAGUGAGAAGCUCGGAGAGAUCAGUGACAAGAUAGGCAGCACCAUCGACGACACGCUCAAUAAGUUCAGAAAGAAGGAACGAGACGACUCACCCGACAGAAUCAGUGACAACGAGGAGGACCGAGCAUCGAGAAACGGUAGGCAGGAAACCCUUGAGUUCAAAGAUGAGGAAGAAACUGUCACAACAAAGAGCAUCCAGAUCACACAAGCAACAGAAACCACAACCACCACCACACGGAAACGCAGUGGAGCAACAAGCAGUAAGACUCUGGACCUGGGUGCUGCAGCUCAUUACACUGGAGACAAAAGCCCGGAGGAGAAGUCAUCAGUCAGGCAGUCUUCCAGUAGCGGUCUAGCUGACCUGCUAGUGAUUGACCCUUCAUCCAGUCAAGGCACUACAACAGGUGGAAGUUCGGACCUCAUUGGUGGCUUUGCUGACUUUUCCUCUCCUGCAGCCUCUGCCAGCCUCCCAACCUCCACCGCUGCUGCAUCAUCCAAUGGAAAUGGAGAAUUUGGAGACUGGAACGCCUUCUCCGCCAAUUCACCAACUCCAUCAAGUUCUGGCCCCUCCCAGCCUGUCACUGACCUGUUUGGCAGCGUACAGUCACCCACAACCUCUAAUACCGCCCCCGUCCCACCUUCUGCCGAGCUCUUUGACCUGAUGGGUGGAGUUAACCAUCAACUAUCCAAUCCACAUACAACACUGAGUGCCUCUCAGAGCAUGACUUUCUCUCUGGGAGGGGCAAUGCCAGGAGCAUCUGUCGCUAUGCCCACCAUGCCCCUUUCUCGCUCUCAACAGAGCUUGGGAGGAAUUACACCCCAGCAGGCCAUCGGACAACAGCAGAAGGUUGGUGUUGGAGGUCAAGGAUCGUUAGGGUCGACCUGGUCUGACCCCUCUGUUAACAUCAGCCUGGACUUCCUAUCAGCAGGCCUCAACCCCACUAAGACCCCACCUACACUCAACAAUAUCAUCCAGCAACAAGGAGUGCCUCCUGUCAACCUGUUGGCCCAAAACUUCGGAGGAUUGAACCUCAGCUCCCCGCCUCACGUGACACCCAUUAGACCACCAGCCAAUCCCAUGAUGGCAGGCAAUGCCAUGACAAUGGGUAUGCCUGCAUCGAUGGCAACUGGCAUGCCUGCUUCAUUGGCGGCAAGUAUGCCCCCUUCAAUGACCACGGGUACCAUUGGGAUGGGGGGGAUUCCUGUAAACCAAGGCAUGAUGGGAAUGAACAUGAGCAUGAAUAUGGGCAUGGCCACUCCAAUGAUGAUGAGUGGUAUGGCUGGGAUGGGAGUGCCUGGAGUGGGGAUGGGCCUAACACACUCAAUCACCCCAGCCGUUGUUCCACCCAAACAAGAUGCCUUCGCUAACUUUGGCAGUUUUGGGAAAUGAAGGAGUGCAAGUGUGUGUGUGUGUGGGUGGGUGUGCAGGUGUGUGCGGGUGAGUGACUGAGAGUGUGGGUAUGCAUGUCUGACAUGAUGAGAGUGUGAACCACUGAAGGACUGCUGUACUUGAAGACAACUGCAUGUUUCUCUCUCUGCUUUUGUUCCCCUUGGUGAGCUGGCACCAGCAAUCAUUCACCAUGAUGUUGGAGGUAGGGUAGAAGACGCACUAAUGCCUCCCUAAAAACUUGGUAUUUCACCCAGAUGGGCAUGUUUUUGUAAGACGUAACAGUGUAUGUUUCUGCGAGCUCUGAGUGCACAUUAUUAAAUAAAUUUGCAAAAAUCCUCCAUUAUUUUGGUUUGAUGAAAAAGAGAAGUUGGACUGAUUGGUAAAUUAUGUAUAAGUUGUCAAGUUUGAAGGAAUGCGGAAUGGUAUUCUGGUUUUCUUUUAAUUUAUAUAUUUGGUCUCACACCUAUAUACAUGGAAAUUGAGUCUGCCUUUUAAGCCUGUUUGGGCAAGGCAUCUAUCAAUGCAAGAUACUACUUCGAUAUCAGAAUACAAACCACCCAACUGAGUAGAUUUUUGUUGUUUGACAUAAUUUGGUCCAUCUAAAUGUCUGUAAAUUUUCGCACUUAGUUGUACAUAUUUUCCAGCAUACUGUAACGUUAUGCUGGUCAAUUGGAGAAUUCAUCAACAGUCAGCUAAAAGUCAUUUGAAAAUCUGCAGGGAAGUCUUUGAUCACCAGAAAAUAAAUAAUCAUCUCUGUUUGAGGUUAAAAUGAUGCAUGAGGUCUACUGCAAGUUAAAUCUUGGGUUUAAGGCAAAGAUUAUGCUAGUAGGUGACUUUUUAGGUUCCGAUUUUGCUCACUUAUCCAAGUGAUGAGAUGAUCAAAUGCGAGCUGACGAGAACAGGAUGUAAGGCUGGCCCGCGUGAAAUACCAAGUGUAUAGGGCUUCCUCCUCACCCAGUGGUAAUAUCAUGUGUGAAUGAUGUCACACAGUGGACUCCCCAAGAGCAGGGCAGGUGUCAAUCCACAGCCUCUGGUUACUACUUUCCUGUGGGGAAAGGAUCCUCAUCUUAACCUGUUUUUAUGUAUAAACUACAGUAUAACCCCCCAUCAUUACAAAAAACAUCACUGCAAAAGUUGUUCUCUCUGACUGCAGUAGCGCUGACUCAGAUGAAAGUGGCAUUGCUGCCUUAAUUCUGCAUUAUAGCCUGAGAUAUGUUUUAUAUAAUUUCAAUCAAAUUCAAUUUAAGCUAUUGCAUUAUCGCCAGGGGGCGACUCUGUUACUGUCCCUCAAUAACAGUGUAACUGUUAGAAUGUCUGGAGUCUACUGAAUCCAUACUCCAGUCCUCCAGCAGAGGGCAGGAUGGGUGUGCGCAUUGUGUUAACGCUGAAUCGUCUCACUUAUUCUUGAGCCAUAUUACAGUGGAUGAAUUACAUAUUCAUCCAACUCCUACUGUUUGUUCAAUACAAGUAAAGCCUUGAACUGCUCAGAACAAAGGGCCCCUAAAAUACUGCAGGGCUCUUUAUAUUACAAUAAUAAGUUACUGUAAAAAGGGAUACUUGUCCUCUAUUUUCCAUUCUUUCAGAUCAAUGCCAGAUGAAACUGUCAGUCAGUAUUUUAGUAAGAGUACUAGUCACUGAUAUUUUCUCUUUAUUUCUGACCCACAUACACCUAUUCUGUCUAUUCUACUUUUUGCAAACAUACACUGUUUAUAGAUAGAGGUACAGAUUUUUUAAGAGUUUUUUCAAACUGGCUGUGGGAAGAGACGGAAACGAACAAUCUACAAGCCUGAACAUCACAAUCCUCUAAAUUUCUUCCAUGUUUGAGGCAGCGGAACACCACUGAACUUUAGGGAAAACCCAGCAAUGUACCUUUAAUUACAAAGUAUUUUUGCCAGCAUAUUUCACCCUGCAGCACACUUGGUGGUCUCUUGGUGCAAAGGUUGCAUAUCUGCAGCCCACAAAUCGCGUACUAGAAAACACCCACCUUUACAUCUGACGUGGAUUAGAUACAUUGAAGGAUUUUUUUUCAUCAGCUGAGUUUUAAUGAAUGAUUCCUAUGGUUAGCCGAGACCAAUCUUAAGGGUUUUUUGGCGGUCUCGAGUGAAGUGUAUGUUUGAGGAUAAGAGUGAAUGAGUGUGUGUGACUUUGUGUGUGGGUAUAGUUUUCUCUGUUUGAUGUGCAAACACAGCUAAGCAGAGCCUCUUGUCAUUUUCUGAGGCACUGCACUCCAAAUGACCAAAUCUUUAUUUUGUUACUCUCAGAAGGAUGAUUCCAUAGCUAUUAGUUAAAUAUUUCAUUAGUUUACUUGAAAGGUUAUGUUCAUAUGGGAGAGCUACUAAUACCAUAAUUUAGUUGACGGGAAUCAUGUUUUUGUUUCUUUUUCAGUACAGCUUGUUUCAUUUGAUUGUACUCUAUAUUUUCUGUACUUCAUUCGACAUUAAAUUAAAUUAUAACAUUAAAUAUUCAGUUUCCUCCUUUUUUUGACUGUAGACUAGUCUGUCUGAAUGAUCUUACUAAUAUUUGCAUCACAUUUGAUCCAUACAUACUGUAGUUGUUACCAUUGAGGACACUAUGGCCAUGUCCUCUGUAUUUGUAAAAUGAAUUUGGAGGUUUUAACAACCAUA